CUGAACUAUAAAUAAGAAUAACUACUCAACAAAAGAUAUCAUUUCGCUCUGAACCGUCCACAGCGACAGAAACGUGUCGUAGAAAUACACAUUUCGUUCUUGGGGAUACGAAUUAAAAAUGAAAAUAUUUGUGCUGCUGCUGGCCUGUGCGGCAUUUGUGAGAGCCGACGUUUCACAUUUGUUUAACAACCACGGAUACCAUGCUGAUCAUCAGCACCAUCAUCAUCAUCAUGAUAAUCAUGGAUACGAUUACUCACAUAAGGAAAUAGAAAACCAUAGCGGUUAUGAUUAUCCUAAGCCGGAGAUACCAUUUGUAUUGCCCACGACAACCAUACCACCACCAAAGCCAUCUUAUUUGCCUCCUGCGACACCAAAGCCAACUUAUUUACCUCCUGCGACACCUAAACCUACCUACUUGCCUCCACCACCACCAAAGCCAACAUAUUUGCCACCCAAACCAGUGCCUACAUAUUUGCCACCUGAACCCACAACAACUACCACGACAACAACGACCACAACUACUACAACUCCAAGACCAAUAACAACGACACGCAGACCAACCCCACCAAGACCCACCUACUUGCCACCCACACCACCUAAACCAACCUACUUGCCACCCACACCACCAAAGCCCAGCUACUUGCCACCCACACCACCUAAACCAACCUACUUGCCACCCACACCGCCUAAACCAACCUACUUGCCGCCUACACCACCAAAGCCCACCUACUUGCCACCCACACCACCUAAACCAACCUACUUGCCACCCACACCACCCAAACCAACCUAUUUGCCUCCCAAGCCAGUAACAACAACCACUACGACCACACGUAGACCUACUCCACCCAAGCCCACCUACUUGCCUCCAGAACCACCCAAGCCGACGUACUUGCCUCCUACACCACCCAAGCCAACCUAUUUGCCUCCUACAACCGGCUAUUUGCCACCCCAACCCAUUAAAACGGAAUACUUGCCACCCAAACCCACCAAGUCCCAGUAUUUGACACCUGCUGUAUCCAAACCUACAUUCAAAAUUCCCAUACCCUCAUACGCUGCUCCUUUGGAGGAAGAAUUCGGCAAUGAAUUGCAAGAGGAUGGAUAUCAUUACAAUGUCCCAGCCAACAGAUUCUUCUACUAAAAAGCCAGGAAGGAAUGGAAUUGAAUGGUUGACAUUACACGCCCUCCCCCCAUGAUAGUGUUACGAAGACUGAGUAUUAGGCGACAAGUAGUGCUGGCAUUAUUUGCGAAUAAUGCUUGCAUUCGAGACGUUAUUAUGAACUUUAAUUUUUAG